AUGCAGAAGCCCAGCGGCCUGAAGCCCCCCGGCCGAGGGGGAAAGCACUCGAGCCCCAUGGGCCGGACGUCCGCUGGGUCAGCCGCAGCCUCCGCCUCGGCGGCAGCCACCGGCUCCAAGGAAGGCUCCCCCCUGCACAAGCAGGCCUCGGGACCCUCUGCGGCCGCGCCCGUCGCCCCCGAGAAGCCCGGCCCCAAGGCCGCCGAGGUGGGCGAUGACUUCCUGGGGGACUUCGAGGUGGGCGAGCGGGUGUGGGUGAACGGCGUGAAGCCGGGCGUGGUGCAGUACCUGGGCGAGACGCAGUUCGCGCCCGGCCAGUGGGCCGGCGUGGUGCUGGACGAGCCCGUGGGCAAGAACGACGGCGCCGUGGGCGGCGUGCGCUACUUCGAGUGCCCGGCGCUGCAGGGCAUCUUCACGCGGCCCUCCAAGCUCACCCGGCAGCCCACGGCCGAGGGCUCGGGCAGCGACACCCACUCGGUGGAGUCGCUGACGGCGCAGAACCUGUCCCUGCACUCGGGCACGGCCACGCCCCCGCUGACCAGCCGCGUCAUCCCGCUGCGGGAGAGCGUCCUCAACAGCUCCGUCAAGACCGGCAACGAGUCGGGCUCCAACCUCUCCGACAGCGGCUCCGUGAAGCGGGGCGACAAGGACCUGCGCCUGGGAGACCGCGUGCUGGUUGGCGGGACAAAGACUGGCGUGGUGCGGUAUGUGGGAGAGACGGACUUCGCCAAGGGCGAGUGGUGUGGCGUGGAGCUGGACGAGCCCCUCGGGAAGAACGAUGGGGCAGUGGCGGGCACCAGGUACUUCCAGUGCCCACCCAAGUUCGGCCUCUUCGCGCCCAUCCACAAGGUGAUCCGCAUCGGCUUCCCGUCCACCAGCCCCGCCAAGGCCAAGAAGACCAAGCGCAUGGCCAUGGGUGUCUCGGCGCUGACCCACAGCCCCAGCAGCUCCUCCAUCAGCUCCGUCAGCUCCGUGGCUUCCUCCGUGGGCGGCCGGCCCAGCCGCAGCGGCCUGCUCACGGAGACCUCGUCACGCUACGCCCGCAAGAUCUCUGGCACGACUGCCUUGCAAGAGGCACUGAAGGAGAAGCAGCAGCACAUCGAGCAGCUGCUGGCUGAGCGGGACCUGGAGCGGGCGGAGGUGGCCAAGGCCACCAGCCACAUCUGCGAGGUGGAGAAGGAGAUCGCCCUGCUCAAGGCUCAGCAUGAGCAGUAUGUUGCAGAAGCGGAGGAGAAGCUGCAGCGGGCCCGGCUGCUGGUGGAGAGCGUGCGGAAGGAGAAGGUAGACCUGUCCAACCAGCUGGAGGAGGAGCGGAGGAAGGUGGAGGACCUGCAGUUCCGAGUGGAGGAGGAGUCCAUCACCAAGGGAGACCUGGAGCUGACCACGGUGGCCGAGAAGUCGCGGGUGCUGCAGCUGGAGGAGGAGCUGAACCUGCGGCGGGGCGAGAUCGAGGAGCUGCAGCAGUGCCUGCUGCAGUCCGGCCCGCCGCCCGCCGCCCACCCCGAGGCCGCCGAGACCCUGCAGCUGCGGGAGCGGCUGCUGUCGGCCAGCAAGGAGCACCAGCGGGAGAGCGGCGUGCUGCGGGACAAGUACGAGAAGGCCCUGCGGGCCUACCAGGCCGAGGUGGAGAAGCUGCGGGCCGCCAACGAGAAGUACGCCCAGGAGGUGGUGGACCUCAAGGCCAAGGUCCAGCAGGCCACCAGCGAGAACAUGGGGCUCAUGGACAACUGGAAGUCCAAGCUGGACUCGCUGGCCUCGGACCACCAGAAGUCCCUGGAGGACCUCAAGGCCACCCUGAACUCGGGCCCCGGCGCCCAGCAGAAGGAGAUCGGGGAGCUGAAGGCCGUGAUGGAGGGCAUCAAGAUGGAGCACCAGCUGGAGCUGGGCAACCUGCGCGCCAAGCACGACCUGGAGACGGCCGUGCACGUGAAGGAGAAGGAGGGCCUGCGGCAGAAGCUGCAGGAGGCCCAGGAGGAGCUGGCCGGGCUGCAGCAGCACUGGCGGGCCCAGCUGGAGGUGCAGGCGGGCCAGCACCGGCUGGAGCUGCAGGAGGCCCAGGACCAGCGCCGGGACGCCGAGCUGCGGGUGCACGAGCUGGAGAAGCUGGACGCGGAGUACCGGGGCCAGGCGCAGGCCAUCGAGUUCCUCAAGGAGCAGAUCUCCCUGGCCGAGAAGAAGAUGCUGGACCAUGAGCUGCUGCAGCGGUCCGAGGCCCAGAGCAGGCAGGAGGCCGACAGGCUGCGGGAGAAGCUGCUGGUCGCCGAGAACAGACUCCAGGCCGUCGAGUCCCUGUGCUCGUCCCAGCACGCCAACAUGAUUGAGUCGAACGACAUUUCAGGGGAGAAGAUGAGGAUGAAGGAGAUGGUGGAGGGCCUGCAGGACAAGCUGAACAAGAGGGACAAAGAGGUGACAGCCUUGACGAACCAGACGGAGGCGCUCAGGGCCCAAGUAAGUGCGCUGGAGAGCAAGUGCAAGUCGGGGGAGAAGAAGGUGGACGUCCUGCAGAAGGAGAAGCGGCGCCUGGAGGCGGAGCUGGAGGCCGUGUCCCGGAAGACGCACGACGCCUCCGGCCAGCUGGUGCUCAUCAGCCAGGAGCUGCUCAGGAAGGAGCGGAGCCUGAACGAAUUGCGGGUAUUGUUGCUGGAAGCCAAUCGCCACUCCCCAGGGCCGGAGAGGGACCUGAGCCGCGAGGUCCACAAGGCUGAGUGGCGGAUCAAGGAGCAGAAACUCAAGGAUGACAUCCGGGGCCUUCGUGAAAAGCUGACGGGGCUGGACAAAGAGAAGUCGCUGUCGGAUCAGAGGCGCUACUCCCUCAUCGACCCGUCCUCGGCACCUGAGCUCCUGCGGCUACAGCACCAGCUGAUGAGCACAGAGGACACGCUGCGGGACGCCCUGGACCAGGCUCAGCAGGUGGAGAAGCUCAUGGAGGCCCUGAGGAGCAGCCCCGACAAGUCCCCGGCCAUUGGCAAUUCGGGUUCUGCGAACGGCAUCCACCAGCAAGACAAGACCCACAAACAAGAGGACAAGCACUGA